GACACUCUGCGGCUCUGUACUACGCGCACAUUCUGCCUAAUACGUUGAUAAGUACUUAGGGGCUUGGUUCUAAAUUUGAUUUUAUGUGAUAAAUAUCUUAAAAGUUUUUUUUUAUACAAUUAAAAGCGUGUUAAAGGAACUUGACAUUGUAGAAUUAUUUGAUAUUUAGAAUGGAUUUCCUUAUCUACGAUUAUUUGGAUACUUUCGACAACAAAACUUUAAAAACUUUGUUUGAGAACAAUAACAGCUCCCUUGCUUCCAGGCAUUUUGACGGUGACGUGCACCCGUCCAGGACUCUGGGGUUGGUGCUAAGUUUUGGAAUCCUUGUUCUUCUCUCCCUGUGUUUUAAUUCUCUGAUCUGCAGCAUCAUAAUCCGGAACAAGAACCUUCACACCGUCACCAACAUUUUCCUAGCCAACAUGGCGAUGUCCGACAUAUUGUUGGUGUCUAUUAACGUGCCUCUGAAUAUCGUGCGCAACGUUUAUCACGAGUGGACGCUGGGGAUCGUUCUUUGCAAGGCUCUGACUUACUCUUUGAUGGUCUCCUCCUAUGUGUCCACCUUCACCCUCACUGCCAUUGCUUUUGACAGACAGAGGGUCCUACUUCACCCACUGAAACCAAGAAUGACCAAACAAACGGGGACAGUUGUUAUCAUUGUCAUUUGGGUUCUGUCCAUCACUCUCGCUCUACCUUACGGCCUAUUCAAUUCGGUACGGGAUAUGGAUAUAUUCAUUGUGAAAGUCAAGCGGUGUCGAUCUGCAUUUCCGGAACCGAGCGUGCUCUGGGAACAAUAUUUAACUAUUGUGACUAUUCUGGUACAGUAUAUCAUUCCACUGUGUAUUAUCGGUGUGGCGUACACAAGGAUUAUUCGCAGGUUAUGGAUGAGAAACCAGCUAGGAUAUGUCACAGAGGACCAGCGAGUGAGACAAAUUCGCGCCAAACGUAAGAGCAUCAAGCUACUAAUUGCGGUGGUAGUGGUUUUUGCCAUCUGCUGGAUGCCUCUUAACCUGUAUCACGUGCUGACUGACCUCCAUCCUAACACCAAGACAUUUAAAUACGACAGCCUCGCGUUCUUCAUCUGUCUGUGGGUGGCGGUGAGUAGCACGUGCAUCAACCCAUUCCUUUAUUGCUGGAUAAAUCCGCACUUCCGGACCAAGAUUGUAGACAAGAAGGUCUGUUGCUACAAAAAACAGGAGACUGCCGUUUCAGUGGAGGAAAUGGACGAUCUGACGAGUUCCCCGGAUAUAAACACCCAGGAAACGAACGAAUCUAAAUCUCCAGUCUUCUCUUUCAUAAAACAGAGACCAAGCAUGCCGUGAUUGCUAUUACAGGACUCCCUGCGUCCAAUCACUACUGUUAUAAUAUCCGUGGGCAUCAAUUUUCGUGCAUUCAUCCAAAUUACUAUUUUCGUUAAUACGUGAUUUUAUGGAGAGAAAUUGCACAUUCUUCUUUAAUGAGCAAUAUUGUGCUUGAUUUUGUCUCAAAAACAACGAAAAUUGGUGUUCAACAAAAUUGUAAAAAAUGAUGAAACUGCAGUAUUGACUACGAUUUGCUGAAUUUUAUAGUAAGUUGAUAAAAAUUACAUUUCAUUUGAAAUAUAUUGGAUAGGUUUACAAUCAUAUAUUGCAGCUGCAAUGUUAUAUCGUGUUUAAGCUUGCAUAGAACAUGAAUGUGUUUCAAUUAUAGACACAUGUGUAUCCAUCAAAACUUUUUAAACUUUGUUCAACUGCAUAUACCGCGAACAUAAUACUUGAAAUACCAAAUUUCAUACUUUGAAAGUGAACUUUGAUAUCAUCGCCAUAUCGGAACUAUUGAAGUUCUCUAAUAAUUAUGUAGUCAAAGUCCUAACAACCACUAACGUAGCUGGGAUUCGCAUUACAAAUGUACCUAGCAACGCGACUUAUCGUUAAGAGUGAGAAAUAUAUUGCUCGUGUAUAAUUCCAAAAUCUCUGGUAAUUUCAAUCCUAAAUAUUAUUAUAUAAUUAGAUGUUUUCAUGAGUGUAAUGUCAGUGUUGAUCCCCCCCCCCCCCCCCCCCGUCUUUGUUUGAAACGUACUCAUCAUAUUUGGUGAUUUUGAAUUAUAUGAAGUUUGCUAUGCUGAAUAAAUGAUGUUCAUC